CAGCCCACCGCCAUUGAUGAUGGCGAUGAAGACGAUGACGAUGAUGCUUUCUUCGCCCAGGCGCCGUCCGACCCCCACCCCUACUCCCAGAGCCCCUUCCACCCCAUCGUCAGCACGUCAAGUCUCAACAGCUGCCCGCCAACUGUCUCCCUGUACCACACGGCCGGUCCCGCCUCACCCCACCACUGGUCCCAGCCCGCUAACCCACCCUUCCGGCCACCCUCACGACCCACUCAACUUCCGUCUGUGUCUCUGUCUUCCAGCUACACAUCUUCCGUACCUCCCCCCCUCUCCCCGCGUUCCUUCCCUCCCCACUCGCUAAGUCCCUCCUCCUCCUCCUCCCAGCCCCCACCCCUCUCCCCCCGCGUCUGCUCUAGAGCGUCGAGCAAUGCCGUCAUAUACACCAGUGUCACCCCGUCGGGCGCCCCACCCCCUCUCUCCCCCCGCACAACCUCGAAACCGACUGUGGUUAGUCCCAAACCACACUGGACCCGCGACAACAACAACAACAACAACAACAGCAGCAGCAACAGUGGCUAUGGUGGCGACACAGUGCACUACGCUACCAUCCAACCCAACGCAAUGGUGACCACAACAUCCAAGAUGGCCGCGGGUUCGAACCCAGUGGCUGCCUCCUCCUCCUCCUUCCUGGAUGACGGGAGUGUGGGGGAGGAGGAGGAGGAAGUCUCCCCACUCAUGUUUGCCGGCUACAUGGGCCCGGAGAACGUCAGCUAUGAGGACCUCAUGCAGUUUGCCCUGGAGAGGUAAUGGACACCCGCCACCCUCCCACCACCUGCUCUCCCGUCUGUGCGUGUGUUUGUGUGUGUGUGUGUGGUUACUGCUCUACAUGAUAGUAGAAGAGCUCUGUCCCUUUGUCCCUCUCUCUCACUCUGGCUUGUUCUUUCUCUCUCUCUCUCUCUCUUUUGCUUAUUCUCUCCUCACCCCAUCCACCACACUCUCCUUCAAGCCCCAUUCCCCCAUACCUUUCCCCUUUAUUUCUCUUUCUCCCUUUCUGACCCAACAUCUAGUCAUUAUGGGGGUGGGGGGCUCUUUCUUUCUUUUUGUUGAGAAUGUAAAAAUCCAACAUCCCAUAGCCAUA